UUGAACCUCGUCAUCUGGCGAUUUUAUUUCAUGUCGUCUUCCAAUCUUCACUUCACUGGGCAGAGAGGAGAUAAUUGUAGAGCAAUAGGGUCGUUCACUCCGCUGACUCGCCGCGAAGAGUGGGGGUUUGAAGUGAGCGACAGCUUCGCCGACCGCGCUGUCGACGCCAUCGUCAACAAUCUUUCGAUUUACACGACACGAAGUCCCUCACGUCAAAGACCUUUCCAAACUCACCGAAGUUUCCAUCAUGAGCCAGAAGCCAGCAUCCUCGACGGUCCCAAUCACUGUGACAGAGAUCGAGGAAAUCGCCAAAACAAGAUUGCCGAAGAAUGUCUACGACUACUACAGUUGCGGUGCAGAUGAGCAGAAGGCGCUGGCUAGAAAUCUCUACAUGUUUGACCGACUCCUAAUCAGACCUCGUGUGAUGAUCGAUGUGCGGAACAUCGAUACAAGCACAACAGUAUUCGGCAAGCGCUACCCGUUCCCGGUGGCAUUCGCGCCCAGUGCAAUGCAGCAGCUCUGCCAUCCUAGAGGAGAGCUCGAGACAGCAGAGGCCGCUGCAGCCCAUGGCUUGUCAAUGACCUUAUCUUCCCAAUCAACAACCAGCCUCGAAGAUGUGGCAAAGGCAUGCGACAUCUCGAAGCUCGACGGUCCGGAUUUCUGGUUCCAGCUUUACCUCACCCAAGACCCGGAGUACAGUUUGAAGUUGAUCAAACGUGCUGAGACUGCUGGUUAUACUGCUCUGGUACUUACAGUCGAUACGCCGGUUCUUGGCAAUCGUAUCAACGAGAGAAAAACACCUUUGGUACUUCCGGAGGGUAUGCAUCUUGGGAAUUAUGACAUUCCUAAAGGUCCAAAGAAGCCAGUUGCCGAGCGCAUCUUUCUCAAUGCUCACACAGUGGAGGAGGCCAACGAGAUUGUCAAGCAAUCUGGACCUACUAUGCACAGCUCAAGUCUCACCUGGCAAUACACACUCCCAUGGCUCCGCAAGGCAACAUCAAUGAAGAUCAUUCUGAAAGGUGUCAUGACCGAAGAGGACGCGAAGCUGGCUGUAGAGUACGGUGCAGAUGCCAUCGUCGUCUCCAACCAUGGAGGAAGACAAUUGGACUUGGUUCCGGCUACCAUCGAGGUUCUUCCUGCUAUUGCUGACGCCGUAGCGGGACGAAUUCCUGUCAUCUUCGAUGGAGGCGUCAGACGCGGCAGCGAUAUUUUCAAGGCACUUGCACUCGGAGCUGAUCUUGUGCUCAUUGGCCGUCCCGUACUGUGGGGCCUGAGCUACGAUGGUAAGAAAGGAGUGGAGGCUGUAGUCAACAUUCUCGAGAGAGAGUUUUCACGCACCAUGACGUUGGCUGGCGUGAGAAGUAUCAAGGAGAUCACAAAGGACAGCUUGGGCAUUGCAAAGAAAGAUGGCUUUGGCAUCGCAAAGCUCUGAGAAGCAGGAGAUGAAUCACCUAGUGCAGGUCUCCAUGAUUUGCAAAUAACGAGUGAACAUUGCACAUACACAAUUUCUGAAAGCUGAUCACUUCGAAAGCCGUCCCUUGGAAUUAAGAAAGAAACUCGCGGCGAAUUAGUCGUUCUCAUCUAAACAGGUUAAGCAUAUGCAGAGAUCUA